AUGACCGCCGUUGCACCCCCUCCCGCCGCCCUCCCUACGACAGUGGCCUCUGCUGUGGCACCAGCCCCAAAGGAAGCCAAGGCCGAGCCCGUCGAGGAGAAGACUGCCGAAAAGCCUGCAAGCAAGGCCUCUGAGGCUAGCAGCGAGAAGGACAAGCCCAAGUCUGACGCAGGAGACAAGAGCGAAGCCCAGUCUCCAUCUGGCCCUCCUGAGACCUCCGACACCGAUGGCCGUCCUCGCGCGACCUCUGGUGGCCGUUCCAUGUUCGACCUCGAACCCAACCCAUUUGAGCAGUCGUUCUCCAGGGGCUCUGCGUCCACCGAGCGCACAACGCCUCCUCGUGGCGGCGACGCGACCAGCGUCAAGCACAACGCUCUUCCACCCCUCUCGAGCUUGACCAGCCCUGCGGCUGCCGACCCUUCUCAGUUCCCGUGGCUGGCUGGCCACUCGUUGCGCUCGGGCCCACUCAGUCCCGCCAUGCUCGCUGGCCCGCAGCAGAACAGCCAGAACAACAACAACAGCAACAACAACGCGGCAGCUGCGCCGCCCAACAACGGUGCCACAAACACCAACGCCCCUGCCAGCAACAACGCCGCCAACAACGGCAACAACAACCCCCCGCCUCCCAACCCCAAUGCUGGCGCUUGGGGCCCUGCUGGUGAGGGUGGUGCCGUCGAGGGAGAGAACUUUGAGCCUGGCAACUUCCGCACUGGAUUCACCCCCGGAACUGGCUCGGGAUUCACCCCCGGUUACAACGCCCUCCUCAACUCCAACUUUGGUCAGCUCCCGAUGCCCAGCCCUAACACUGCUGCCUUCCUCAACAGCAUCACCAACGUUGCCACCGAUGGCGUCGACUCGAACGGCGCCCCUGCCGGUGGACAGGGUGGCGCGUACGCUGAGCCUCCUUCGGCAAUCCCGCCCCACAUGCAACAGCAGCAGCAGCAGCACAUGCCACAGCUCAACCCCGGAAUGCCCGGUGGUCCGCAGGAGACUAUCACUCCCAACACGCUCAACGCUCUCACCGGCGCUGUCGGUGAGAUUAACCGUCAGCAGGGUGGUAUUCCCCAGCAGCCCUACUACCCGCCCGGCAUGGUCCCUCAGGUCGACUAUGCCCAACAGAAUGCCAACGCCGCGAGCCAAGCCGCCAAUGGUCUCUUCUUGCUUUCGCAGGCCCACCAGGAGCUUUCGAAGCGUGAACGCGAGGAGUCCCAGGGUCCGCUCAUGAACAAGCGCACUGCUGUCGGCGCUGCUCCCCCUGGUAGCGGCAAGCCCCCUUCUGCUGGGCAGAAGCGCAAGGAGGCUGCUCCCAAGGGUCCUGCCGCCAAGAAGGGCAAGAAGGGACCCGGUCCCAAGGAGGAGAGCGAGUCCGACGAGGAGGAAGAGGACUUUGACGACAAGAAGCUCGGUCGCAACGAGACUGAGGAGGAGAAGCGCAAGAACUUCCUGGAGCGUAACCGUCAGGCCGCCCUCAAGUGCCGUCAGCGCAAAAAGGCCUGGCUCAACGAGCUUCAGAACAAGGUCGAGACACUGUCCAUGGAGAAUGAGCGCCUCCAGCACACCGUCCGCAGCAUGGAGGACGAGCUGCAGAGGCUAACCACCAUCCUCAUGCAGCACCGUGACUGCGGCCUCGCCAUGCCGCCCAUGGCUCCCGCGUACGGUCGUCCCUUGCGUUAG